UUAUUUUAUUGUUGCCGCUUAAUUUGUUUUAUGUUUGUGAAUUAUAAAUAAUUAAAACAAAAUGAAAGAGCCUAAAUCUACGCAGUCUGCGAUAGAGGAUUUAGCUGAACUACGAAGUUAUUUCGCGUCACACAACCUGGUUCGGGAAUACGUAGCUCAUUCUUCGAAAGUACAUUCGGUUGGUUGGUCUUGUGAUGGUAGACGGCUGGCCUCAGGGUCUUUUGACAAAAGCGUUGCUAUAUUUACUCUUGAGAGAAAUAGACUGGUCCAAGACUUUAUAUUCAGAGGUCACACUGGGUCAGUAGACCAGCUUUGCUGGCACGCUUCACAUCCUGACCUGUUGAGUACUGCUAGUGGAGACAAAUCAGUUAGGAUAUGGGACACAAGGACACACAAAUGUGCGGCCACCAUAGCUACGAAAGGCGAGAACAUCAACAUAGCCUGGUCGCCCAACGGCAGCACCAUAGCGGUCGGCAACAAGGAGGAUCUAGUCUCCUUUAUUGACACCAAGACUUAUAAAGUAGUUGUAGAAGAACAGUUUAACUUUGAAGUGAAUGAGAUCUCAUGGAAUAACACAUCCGAUUUAUUCUAUCUCACAAAUGGAUUAGGCUGUGUACAUAUAUUGUCCUACCCAUCCCUGGAGCUACAGACAGUGCUGAAGGCGCACCCGGGCACGUGCAUCUGCAUCGAGCACGACCCCACGGGCCGAUACUUCGCCACGGGCUCCGCUGACGCACUUGUGUCGCUGUGGGAUGUUAACGAGCUUGCUUGUCUGAGGGUGUUUUCUAGACUAGAAUGGCCGGUGCGUACAUUAUCGUUCAGUUUCGACGGACGCAUGCUCGCGUCUGCCAGUGAAGAUCACAUCAUUGAUAUUGGAGACACUGAGACUGGUGAGAAGGUAGCGGAGAUCCCAGUGCUGGCGUCGACGUUCACGGUGGCGUGGCACCCGUCGCGCUACGUGGUGGCCUUCGCCUGCGAGGACAAGGAGCCGCCCGAGCGCAAGCGGGACGCCGGCAACCUCAAGCUCUGGGGACUGCCUAAUAAUAGCUAGAUACAGAAUAUUAGGAUGAUUACGGGAAAAAACGGAUAAAAAAGGACAAUUAAGUAAAAAAAAAACAGGAUUUUCUGACGAAAAAAAAAACAGGAUUUUUUAUCAAAAAUAUCCAUCUUUCUCUGACUAAAAUUAAAAGUUUUUUUGCAAGUUGUGUCCAUGGGAAUGGGCCAUUGGCCAAAGAGUUGUGGACGGCUGAAUGAGGUACCAACGAUUGUCGCGCCAUCUGUAAUUGACUUUGCCUUCGCCUCCCCAUUUGUGAUGCAUUCAGUUGACAAGAAAGAUAUGAGAAGCAAAUACGAAUUAAUUGUCAAAUAUCUAAGUUUUCCAAAUAAAAUCUACAAAACAAUUUUCCCAGUUUAGUUAUAGGAAUAUGUGUUCUGCAUUUUAAAGACGAUGUUGUAACAAUACUUUUCUGAAAAAAAGUAUUGUCUUUGUAAAUAAGUGUGUUCUAUAGGUUAACUAAAUAAAAUAAAAUUUUGUAUUUAA